ACCAGCGCCACACCAUGUUUGCUCUGGGUCUGCUCACCUGUGUUGUGCUGAGAGCAUUCAGUGCUCAGGCAGAAGUCGUCGAUGACUUUAAUCAGUGUAUAGAGUUUUUCUACGAAAACACAGAACCAGAAGGAAUGGAUCAGAAUGCCAGGAAAAUCUGUCAGAUGUAUGGUCAACAACGACCCAUGCAGUUUGGUCAAGAAGAACAUGUCCUGGUAUCUCCCAUGCACUCUUAUUACGCUACGCUGUACUCAACACAACACAGGAUUCCUCUCUACAGUGCCUACGUAUUUGAUCGUACAUGCAAGAGCGGCAGGGGAAGGACAAACAUCUGGCACGUCGAGCCACAGAUUUCAGGUUACCCAAUUAGAAAUAUGGUCCGUGAGGGAGACUUGGGAAAACUUGGACUAGAUAAAGACGUUAUUAAAAUAAGUCAAUCCGUGAGCAGUGACUACAGUUUCUCCGGAUAUGAUCGUGGACACCUGAACCCCAGCAGCUUCAACUGCGGUGCUGGCCGUAACGCAACAUUCACUCUGACCAAUGCCGCACCGAUGGGCCCGCGUUUCAACCGUGUCCACUGGAGGAAGUGGGAGAUGACUUUGAGGAGUUUUUUACUAAACCAACAUGAGAGAGAUAAUGGUUUAGCAACAGCCUACAUUGUCACAGGUACGGUACCUGAUGCAGAAGAACGGAUACCACAAAGGGAAAACUCUGAAGACUAUGAAGAAAUCUAUGAAAGGGUGACGGUGCCCUCUCACAUCUGGACGGCUGUCUGUUAUAAACACCACUUUGAUGACAGUGAGUCUUUCUCCUUCAGCUAUAUGGCAGAGAACCAGUCAGAAGAGCCAGGCAUAAACAUGAUGAGUGUCUCAGACCUAGGUAAUCAGCUCAGCAGACUCUACAGUGAGCUCUCAGGAACUCAACAGACAGUUAACAUUUUUGUGGAUGGUUGUUUUGGUGACAAUAAUAAAUUAAACAUGGUCAAGGAGAAGUUUAAAAAGUUAAUAAAUCUUCCAGGGAGACAGGGACUCCACAUGAGCACAGCUGUGCAGAACAUAUAUAGUGCCGUGAAAAGGGCCAUCGGCAGUGACAGCCAAUCAUCUGAAAAGAAAGUCAAGGUGAAAGAGAUGACAGUAAAAUUAGCCUUUGACAGCAUGAACACUUACUAUACUAUGGCUGAGGAUCUGAAGGCUUUUGCUGGAAGUGCUUGUCUUAUAACUCAUGUCAAAUCACCAGUAGGGAAACUUGUGCUCAGGAAGAGGGAGGUAUCCGAGUGGCCGGACGCUGUUGAAUGCCUGCUGGUCCCAGAGAAGCAGAAGACUGCAGCUGAUGGAUCGCAGUGCUCGUACUUCGAGACUAGUGACUUCUGUUUGUGCUACUUAGGACGUUCAAUCAUGCGCUGCUGCUCCUCUCCCUGCCUGUACCAGCCCCAUGUCAAGGGCUACAGGUGUAACUCAGGCCGGACGCAGAUAGAGUGCCCACCGCAGUACUCGCUCAUCACGGCUAAAGGAGAGAGGUGCAGGGAUGAUCACCCCUGCGCCACAUACGGCAACGACUACUACUGGUGUAGCAAGGUCUCUGGCGGCUGGGAUUACUGCAGUCCUCCGCUGUGGAGCAGUAAAGCUAAGAGCGGGAAGUUCUGCCGCAGAGACCAUGCCUGUGCCAAAUAUGGUGAAGAUCACAUGUGGUGCUACACGGAUGAUGAAGGCAGUCAUGACCAGUGCUGUACUUCUGAUGACUGCUACUCAUUUCGAAAAAGUACUGACUGCCGUUCUGCUGUGAACGGCCAAACCUGCAGGUCUGAUCACAUGUGUGGGUACCAUGGCGAAAGCUACCUGUGGUGCUACACAGAUUAUGAAGACCAUCGGGAUUACUGUUGCAAAAAUUGUGCAUAGAUGGUUUACAAUGUGUAGUAUACUGUAAGAAAUAAAUCCGUAAAAUAACAGAAAAAUUACUGGCAUAUCAUUACCGGGACAUUAUCCAUUAAUUUACGGACAUUUCUGUUUGUCAAAUUAAUACAGUAUAUUGUGCCCUAUGAUUAUGACUUAAGCAG